AAGCAUAACAAGGAGAUCCUCAGUAUGGACAAGCCUCAGCUGAUCGAGCACCUGCACGAGGCGGUAAACUACACGGUGUACGACACCAAGUGGGUACCACUUUCCGCCAAGUUUGUGGUGCUGGGCUCCAAAGCCAACGGGCAUGGAAUUAUGGAUAUCUACGAACUUAACCAGGACAAGCUGGUGAAGGUGAAGUCCGUGGAAAAGAAGGUGGCCUUUAAGUGCGGCACCUUCGGAGCAGCUUCGCUACGAAACCGCCACAUGGCCAUCGGAGACUUCGAGGGCAGGCUGCAAGUGCUGGACAUGGAGCAGCCAGAUCUGCCGGUCUACAAUGUCAAGGCCCACAGCGGCAUCAUAAAUACCAUCGACGCCAUCGGGGGCACUCAGAUCGAUUGCGGGGCUCCGGAAAUCGUCACCGGGAGCCGGGAUGGCGCUGUAAGGGUCUGGGAUAUCCGGCAAGGGCAGGCCCCUGUGGUGGACAUGUCGCCGCCACCGCAAAUGGGCGAUGGCGUCAACCAGAGCAGCGCUCGUCGGGAUUGCUGGGCCGUGGCUUUCGGGAAUACCUACAACGCCGAGGAGCGCAUAGUUGCCGCCGGCUAUGACAACGGAGAUCUGAAGAUAUUCGAUCUACGAACGCUUUCCGUGCGCUGGGAGGCCACCAUGAAGAACGGGAUCUGCGGCCUGGAGUUCGAUCGCCGCGAGAUUCCCAUGAACAAGCUGGCGGUGACCACUUUGGAGGGCGGCCUCCUUGUCUACGACAUGAGAACCCAGCACCCGACCAAGGGGUUCAGCUAUGUGGAGGAGAGGAACGCCGGGCGCAGCGUGGGCACGAAUGGCGUGAUCAGUGGACCCAAGGCUACCGUUUGGGCAGUGCGUCAUUUGCCCCAGAACAGAGAUCUCUUUAUGACGGGAGGUGGAACUGGCUCCGUUCGCCUAUGGCAGUACGAGUAUCCCGAUAAGAGGGUCAUCGAUGAUUCGGACGGCAACAAACUCGGAGUGGCUGGAGCCCUGAACAUGGUCAGUGCAGCCACGUUGAGCUCUCAACCGGUUCACUGCUUCGACUGGCAUCCCGACAAACUGGGCCUAGCCGUCUGUGGCGCCUUUGAUCAGAGUGUCCGGGUUUUAAUUACCACCAAAUUGAACACAUAUUAAGAAGUUAAAAUUUAAAAAACAGAUCCUUAUGAUAUUAGAUCCUUGGUAAAUGCAUAGCUUUAUAUUUUUAUGACUAUGAUACAGAGAAUUUACUUGCCUGAAAUCCAGAUUGUGGUCCUUAAUGCUGAAAUGUACACUCCAUCACACAAAUUAGAUGAGCUGCUUGACCUGAAAUAUAAGACAAGACUAAACCAAACUAGCAUAGAAAACUUAAUGAUUGAACAGAACGAAAUA